CAGAAAUGUACUACUUCUUAUAAUUAUAUUGCUCUGUCCUUGUUGCCUAUGCCUUGCUGAAGCAUGGUAAGGCGUUCAGAAAACUCUGGAACAAAUGGCUACGUUCCUCUUCUCCAUGAAGGAUAAAAUUUCCAGUUGAAAAAGAGAACAGGUAGGUAAAAGUCCCUGGAAGGCAUCUUCAAGAAAGAAGUGUUCAGCAGCAUGGAACUGGAGCAGGCAAAGGGAAUUGCCCUACCUCUCUUCUGGAAUCAUUGCCUUAUGCCACAAUUGGCCAAAUAGACAGGAAUGUGAUUCGUCAUGAAUGAAAAUUAUGCUGCCACUGGGCGUGGCAAUGGCUUAAUAUUCCAUUGCUCUAGCAGCCCUGACAUCAAGCCUUACAGUCAAAUUGACACCAUCGCUCCUGAGGAGAAGGCAUUGACAGCACGAUGGGCUCACUUUGUGCAGCCAAUGCCAAGUUCUGUCUUGACUUUUUCAAAGAGCUGAGCAAAAUGAAAAGAAAUGAAAACAUAUUUUUCUCACCACUGAGUCUCUCAGCUGCCUUUGGAAUGGUUCUCCUCGGUGCCAGGGGCAACACACUCAAACAGAUAGAGAAGGUAUUUCAUUUUGGUGAAGUUUUGAGUGAUACAAACCAGAGAACAAGAUAUCCUUCUGAGAAGUGCGAAGAAGCUGGAGGAGUCCAUUCCCAGUUCCAGGCACUGUUAGCUGCAGUCGGUGAACCCAGCCCAGGCUGCUUUCUCACCACUGCCAACAGGCUCUUUGGAGAAAUCACUUACCCGUUCUUCCAGCAAUAUUUGGAUUCCACAAAGAAGUUCUAUAGAGCAGAACUAGAAGCAGUUGAUUUUAAAUAUACUAAGGAAGAAGCCAGAGAGAAAAUCAACUUCUGGGUGGAAAAUGAGACAAAAGGUAAAAUCAAAGACCUAUUUGCUGCUGGGUCUAUUGAUCCCUCCACUGUACUUGUGCUGGUCAAUGCCAUAUAUUUUAAAGGAAAGUGGGCAGUAGAAUUUAAGAAAGAAGAUACCAAGGAAACAUAUUUCAGACUGAACAAGAAUGAGAUAAAGACAGUGCAGAUGAUGUUUCAGGAAGGUUAUUUUAAGCUGGCCAUCAUAGAGGAACCAAAAAUUAAAGUGAUAGAACUCCCUUACUUUAAUAAUGAACUGAGCAUGCUUAUUCUUCUUCCUGAAAUUGUGUGUGAAGACUUCACUGGCCUGGAACAGCUUGAAAACACCCUCACAUAUGAAAAACUAGCAGAAUGGACCAGCCUGGAUAAGAUGCAACAGCUGACAGUGAAGGUAUACCUGCCCCAGUUCAAGAUGGACGAAAGUUACGUUCUCAACAAAACUCUCCAGGAGAUGGGAGUGAUGAAUGUUUUUGACUGGGGAAAAGCGGAUUUAUCAGGAAUCUCUAGGAAAGAUGGUCUGGUUAUGUCCAAGGCCAUUCAUAAGUCAUCUGUGGAAGUGAAUGAAGAGGGCACUGAAGCGGUUGCUGCCACACAGGUUGUUGCAAUGCCUUUGAGUCGCCCAAUUUCUUAUGAGUUCAAAGCUGACCACCCAUUUCUUUUCUUCAUCAGACACAACCCAACCAACACCAUUCUCUUCUUUGGCAGAUAUUCCUCCCCUUAAGUGAAAGUUAUUUUGGAAAUUACAUCUUUCUCCCCACUGACAUUCCCAUUGGCAAUUACAGAGGACAAAAGAGAGCACAUUCUCACAGAUUUUGUAAGGGAAAAACUGGAGAUCAAAACCUAAAAAGUUUUAACUGUUAUAUUCUUAAUAUCAGCUCCAGGUAUGAUUUACUUUUAGGAGGGACUUAAUAAAUCAGAAGGAUAAGCUAAAAUAGCCUCUACCUUAAAAAGCAAUAGACGUAUCUUUAGUAUUGUUGAGCUUUCCCCUUUCCUAAUGCAGUAUACCUACAAUAAAGCCAUGAUUUUAGUGCCCUAAAGAAAGGUGAUAGAUUCUCAAGCAUGAAGCAGACGAGGAUAGGGAUCUGCAUUAGAAGGAUAUUUGUAUGUAAUUAGGUACUCAAUCUCUUUUGGCUUUACCUACAUGAGCUUUGUGUAGAUCUCAAGAAAAAUGCCAUUUUGUAUGGGAGUAGUGAAGUAGCACAAGUUUCUUAUUCUGUUUUAUCCCUCAUCAGAAUAAAAUAAAACUUUUAUGGUGAUGGUAUUUAGGUGGAUAGCCUCUAUUUGUUCUAUUUUUAAUAAUAAAACCACUGCAAAGUAAUUAUUAAAUGUAGUAGUCUGCAGAACUAAGUGGACAGGCAAUUGUUCUAUUAAAUCAAGUAAAAAUAAUGGCAAUCAUUUCUGAAGUGUCUAAGUAACACUGUAGUCUACCUCCCAUUUUAAAAUAUUCAUUGUUCUGAGUAUGGGCACAGGACAACUUGACAUUAGGACAGGUAAAACCUGAGCCUCACCUCCUGUUUCUCUCUUGCAUUUGAUUUUAUGAAGGAAUUAAGAGUGCAGUUUUAGGACAUGGAUGAGCCAGUCAAAGGCAAUUAAGGGGAUGAUGAUGCUCCCAUUGUCUCCUUCCUUCCAUGUGUUUCUGCUCCUUCCCUUAUGCUGUCAUUAUUACUGGGUGAUGAGCAAUUCACUGGGACCUAAAUCAAGGGGAAAAUUUUUGCUAAAGUAAGCUUGCUGAUGAUGUAGUCCCCUAAACCACCUCUCAGAUGUUGUGGAGGAGGUGGUGGGAAGGCAUAGCUGAGGGAUUGUGGAGAAAAAAGCAGCCCAUCCAAUUUGGCAUCACAUAAUAUCCAGAAUCCACAGACCCAUUAAAAAAUACAUUUUUUUUUAAGGAAAAAAUUUUCAACCCUUUGAUGACUCACCCUGCUUUUCCUCUUACUCUUUUUUUGGGGGGGAAAAGGUAACUACUGGGAACACUAGUGUUAUUUCAGAACUGCAGAUUGAAAAGCUUUCCCAGAUGCUGAGAUAUGAGUGAAAAACUGUAAAUUAC